AUGAACGUGGGUGUACGACCCUGGGAGGACCCGUUGGAUAGCCGGGAUGCCAGCAGCGAGUACACGAGCGAAGAAUCCGAUGGAGAGAAGCAGUCAGUUUCGUCAGAGGAUCUGCAGAGCAGCGUUGCGACUUAUCGAAGAUUCGAGGGUGCGCUGGGCUGCACGUCGCAAUCGGUGUCGCAAGAGAUUUUCGACGACGCUGACAAAACGCCGGUGAACGAGGGUCACCCGAUGUUGGAUCCGAGCACGCCGAAAGUCGUGAUGCGCUCCAAGCAGAAGAACAACGGGCCCAGGCCGUGGAGCGUAUCUUGCAUAUCUCAGAUCGGCAACAAUUCAGGCUUGAAUCAAACCAACGACCCGAUCUCGUCGGCGCAGUUCUCCAUAAGCGAAACGGCGCUCCAUCAAUUGAUCGCCACUCCGCCGACGAAAUCCGUGUCCCUCGAUGCGACCGCAUCACGGAAACCGUUCAAUAACUCAACGUCCACGUUACUGGAGCAGUCGAUGAUUUGCCACGACGACCGCGUGGUACGGAACAGCUCGCUGCGCAGGAAAAAGAGCAGGUUACGCAAGAAGAAUCUGGGUCGCAAGAGCGACUCCAGCUUGGAAGGCGUGAAUGCGAAUCAUUCGGCCGGAAGUGACGGCAGCUCGUCGAAUCAGCAACGCUCGGCGCGCAAGAUGAACGGAAAUCGUUCGGUGCGCACCGUAUCGAGAGACUGUCACGGUCGUUUGACCACCCUGGUGAAGUCCGGCUCGUUCUCGGGAUGCACUGCCCAUCAGCAACUCUCGGCCGAGAGGACGAUCGUCAGCGAUCCGACACCGCCGUUCAGAUUACCUUGCUGUACUUCGGUGGCUUCCACGUCCGAGACCGAGGGCGAGGAGCAACGAAACUGUACGCGAGGCCGCUUCGCCUUCGACGACAACCUCUUCGAUAACGUAUUGAACAAUAAGGAGCUGUGCAGCCAGCAGAUGAACGCCGACAGCGACAUCGAAAUGAACAGCCUCGGGAACAAUUCAUUCUCCGAGCAAGCCUGGGACAAUUAUCAGGAGAAAUACAUGAGCGAGCCAUACAGCGAAGCGCCAGAUAUAGAAACUGCACGAAGAUUAUUGGAGUUUGGAGACGAUUACAGAAACUUCCUCGAUAGUCAGUCAGAUUGUGCAUCAAGUAUGAGUGCGAUGCCCGCUAGUAGUUCGCCGCUAGCGAGAAGACGCAUGCAUGAAAUAACCGAUACCACAGAGGACAGCGACAGCGAUAUCGAGGACAUACGGAAUUUAGUUGAAAAGUCGCAGUGUCAAUUAUCUCUCGCCGAAAAUUUGUUUUCAAGAUCAUGCAACGGCGCAGAAGAUUACACUGAGGUGCAGUGCGCGUGUAGCGAAAAUCUGCGAUGCCUGCACGCGUUGCUGGAGUCCGUCAGCAAUUCUUUCCGAAGCGAAAAAUACGUGAAACAAGUUCGCGGCAUGUUAGAGAAGUGGGAAUCCCUAACAACUAGAGUAGAAGAGACGCAAAUGGCUACUGCGCUUCAUCGCGAGCUGACUGCUCUACGUACGGAAUUCAAAGCAGCACACGACAGACUCUUCUCGUACGAGAUUGCUUUGGAGCAGCCUCACAUAUUAGACGAACGAAUUAAUCGAAUCACGGCCGAGCUGGCUGCGUUGAGGGAUCGUAAGGCAGCGAUGCUGGCGUUGAACGUCCAGACUCACAGACUGAUCACCGACGUUGGUAAUUCCAGCUCGUUGAUCUUCACUGCGCUGAAGGAUGGCGUGGCGGAUUUGUAUCGCGUCUGGGACGAAACCUUUCAAAAGGGUAAUCAACAAUUGUGCGCUCUGCAAGCCGUCCAGCAGUUUAGUAUACGUUUGGCGGAGCUUCAGUGCGCGUUGCGGAGGGACAAGGAUACCCUCGCUGUUUUGGACGUGGCAUUACAAGCAGGAGCUACCUCGGAGGUUGCUUCGUCCGUUCGUCACGUCGCUAGGCUGCUGUCCGAGAAACAGGACAUGAACUGUCAGGGCCUCGGUUGGAGUAACUAGGAGCAGCGCAGAGGA